CUGCCUAUGUAAUUAAUAGUGAGUCCCACUGUUAUGAAGAGUCAUUCCAUCUCCAUUCUGUGUGAUAGUUUAAGAGACAUUUCAAUGAAAAUUUUCCAUUAACAAAUCACAACUGACAAUGCACUCUUCAUUGUUUAGUCUUUGUCUAAUCUUAACCUUCUUCCUUCUCUCCUCUGCCACUCAUAUUCACCACCAUCGUCGGAUUCUCCAUCAACCGCUUCCUCCAACUUCAAUCCCACCCGUUAAUAAAACUAAACCUCCAUUUCCUUCUCCUCCUUUUCAUCCAUUUUUCAUAUUUUUUCCUUCUCCUCCUCCUCCUUCUCCACCACCUUCGAAUGAUUUCGCCACUUUCCCUGCUAACAUUUCCUCCCUCAUUCUUCCACGCUCCUCGCAUUCCUCUAAUAAAUCAAUCACCAGCAAAUUCAUUGUCGUCCUCGUAUCUGUUUCUAUCCUCUCUGCUGCAUUCGUCACUGCCCUAGUUCUUUUCUUCUUCCUUCAUCAUCACCAUCCCCUCCACAAAGACAAAAGUUAUGAUGAUGAUCACGAGAGAACUGAUACACUUCGUCUUGUCUCGCCUAAUACAACCCCUUCUCACAUUGAAAUUGUCAAGAGAACGUCUACGUUUAUGAGUUGUAGAGAAGUAAAUACGGAUGUUGCUCAAUCUUCUACAGCCACAAAUGACUGUUUCCAACUAAACUACCAAAGAAUUGGAUCACCAGAACUCCACCCGCUUCCUCCAUUACCACGACGUCAAUAUUUCAAGCAACAUCUUAAAAUUGGACCAUUUGAAAAUGAAGAUGAUGAAUUCUUCUCCCCCGGAGGAUCCUCCUCUGGGGGUAGACGAAGUCCCAAUUUCAUACAAAGAAGUUUGCAAUAUCAUUAUCUGAAUUCCAAUUCGUCAAAUGAUUCAUUAUCCAAUAGUCCUUCUAGAGAAUUGAGUAUGGUAAAUUUUCCAGCACGACCGAGGUUUAUUCUUCGGCCAAUGGAACAGAGGUCAAUGUCAUCAUCUUCACUAUCUUCUGGUAGUACUCAUAAUUCCCCUGCUUCUCAAACAAGUUCCCUUCCGCAGAAUCCCGAGUCUACUAUGAGUAAAUUCGUAAAUCCUGGGAGGUAUAUAAGACAGCCACCGCCGCCACCACUGCCACCUCAAGUAGGUGAGCCAUCAAUGCCCGUUUCAUUAGAGAGUGCUCAUGACAUUUGUGAAUAUUCAGAAGGUGUUGAAAGGAGGAAUGAAGAAUGUAUGAAGCCAAAGCUGAAGCCUCUUCAUUGGGAUAAAGUUAGGGCCAGCUCAGAUAGAGCAAUGGUUUGGGAUCAACUGAAAUCUAGCUCUUUUCAGUUAAAUGAGGAGAUGUUUGAAACACUAUUCACUGUAAAUGCUCCAAAUUUGAAUUCGAAAGAAGGGGUAAAACGUUCAAUUAUUCCUGUGAUGAAUCGAGAGAAGCAGUUGCUUGACCUAAAGAAGUCUCAGAACAUAGCAAUUUUGUUGAGAGCAGUUGAGAUCACUAAUGAUGAAGUUUGUGAAGCACUGUUAGAAGGUAAUGCUGAUGCGCUCGGAGUGGAUCUACUGAAGAGUCUAAUAAAGAUGGCUCCCACGAAAGAAGAAGAGGGGAAGCUGAAGGAUAUCAAAGAUGAAUUGACGUUCAAGUUAGGCCCUGCUGAGAAAUUUCUCAAGGCAGUGGUUGAUAUACCUUUUGCAUUCAAGAGGGUGGAUGCAAUGCUUUACAUAGCUUGUUUUGGUUCAGAGGUCGAAUACCUUAAGGGGUCAUUUAAGACAUUAGAGACUGCGUGUGAAGAAUUAAGGAAUAGUAGGACAUUUCUAAAGCUUCUGGAAGCUGUACUCAGAACCGGGAACCGCAUGAAUAUGGGAACAGAUAGAGGAGAUGCACAUGCCUUCAAGCUCGAUACACUUCUUAAGCUGGUAGAUAUUAAAGGUGCUGAUGGGAAAACCACCCUUCUGCAUUUUGUUCUUCAUGAAACUAUUAGAGCAGAAGGUUCUCAUCUUUCUGAUGCUGAACAACCGACCAAUGUGGAAACAAAUCAUCAAUCUUCCAGUCAUGAUGAGGCUGAGUUUGGAAACGGUGUUAACAUUAUUUCUAACUUGAGCCAUGAGCUCGCCAGUGUGAAGAAAGCAGCUGUGAUGGACUCGUAUACUCUUAGCAAUGAAGUUGCAAAACUAGCAGCUGGAAUUGCUAAGAUUACUGAUGUUAUAAAGCUGAAUCAAGAGAUGGUUUUGGAUGAGAGUAGCAGAAAGUUAUUCGAGUCAAUGAAUGGAUUCUUGAAGAAAGCAGAGGGAGAGAUUAUCAACAUACAAGCCCAGGAGGAUGUUGCUCUAUCCAUGGUGAAGGAGCUAACAGAAUAUUUCUAUGGUAAUUUGACCAUGGAAGAAGCUCGAUCGCUCAAGGUAUUUAUUGUGGUUAAGGACUUCCUCUCCAUCAUUGAUCAAGUGUGCAAAGAUCUGAGAAAAUAACAGAGCUAACAUUGCCAGAUAAUCCUGGUCUUUCCACAAGUUUUUAGCAUCGACAGAGUAAGGCAACAAGGUAACUUUUCUGAAGAUGAACCAAUUAGAUAUGCCAGUAUGUGUCCCUGGUGGAUAUUUCUUUAAUCUUCUGUAUUUUAUAUAUCAUAUGUCGGUAAAUCCUUGAGUUCUUCCAUCCGUAUAUGUAUUUAUAUACUGUACCAAAAAAAAACUAUAUGUAUUACAUUGAGGAGGUAAAAGAAAUGAAUAACAUUGUGAUUUUAUAGUUUAUGGGA